CGGAUAAGAGAGUCCAAAAAUCAGACUGGGGCAUUCAACGAGAGUGACAUCAGCAAGAUGCGUGUCUACAAUGUUGGCGUCCUAAUGGCCUCUCAUUUGGGUAAGUGAACUGGGCGGGCUGGGGGCAACAGCAUAGACUCAACCUCAUGCAAUCUGCCUUAGAUUCACCUUUUGACCUGGAACGCUGCGGCCCUGCCGUGGACUUGGCCCUGGAUCAGAUUAACAAGCGCUUCCUCAGCCCGCACAACAUCCGGCUGGUCAAGAAGAAGGCCAGUUACCCGUCGUGCUCGGGCGCUCGGGCGCCGGGAUUGGCGGCGGAUAUGCAUUUCAAGGACGAUGUCAUCGCGUUCAUAGGACCCGCGUGCGCGUUCGCUCUGGAGCCGGUUGCCCGUUUGGCCGCUUACUGGAACACCCCCAUUAUAACGGGAAUGGGUGAUCAGCCGCCCUCAUCCGAGGGCGAACUGACCGUAACCUCCGGCAUUCUGGGCAGAAUACAUAAGUGGAAAAACGAGAGUACGGGCAUGUUCAAGGACAAGUCCAAGUAUCCGACGCUGACGCGAAUGUCCUAUUGCCAGUGUCGCCUCAAGCUGGUCUUUGCCAGCGUCUUUCGUCAGUUCAACUGGAAGCAUGUGGCGCUCUUGGUGGAUCGUUCGGAACUAUUCUCGUUGACGGUUGGCAAGAAUCUGGAGUACGGACUGCGUCAGGAGGGACUGUUGAGUUUUGUGCGCGAGCUAAACGGCAACGAGGAGGAGAUAUACGAGAACUAUCUCAGGGACGCGAGCAUGUAUGCGCGGGUGGUCAUCUUGUCGGUACGCGGUGUUCUCGUACGCAAGUUUAUGCUGGCCGCGCACAGUCUGGGCAUGACGAACGGCGAGUGGGUGUUCCUCGAUGUGGAGAUAUUCCAGAGCGCCUACUGGGGCGAUAAGGACUGGGAGCUGGGCGACGAGAACGAUAUGCGUGCCCGCAAAGCGUACGAGGCUCUGCUGCGCGUCUCGCUGCUGCAGCCGACCAGCCCCACCUUCCAGGACUUUGCGGACAAUGUGCGCGAGAAUGCCCUCUCCGAGUAUAACUACACGUUUGGCGAGGGCGAGGAGGUUAACUUCUUCAUUGGGGCUUUCUACGAUGGCGUCUACUUGCUGGGCAUGGCCCUGAAUGAAACGCUGACCGAGGGCGGAGACAUUCGAGACGGUGUCAAUAUCACGCGCCGCAUGUGGAAUCGCACAUUCCACGGCAUUACCGGACACGUUCGCAUAGACGACAACGGGGACCGCGAUGCUGACUACUCUAUACUUGAUCUGGAUCCCAUCAAUGGCAAAUUCUCAGUGGUGGCACAUUAUUACGGGCUGCACAGGAAAUAUGCGGCUGCGCAUGGCAAGAAGAUCCAUUGGCCCGGUGGCCGGGAGGAACCACCACCGGAUAUUCCACCCUGCGGCUUUCUGGGCAACUCACCCGACUGUCACGGAAACGAAACCACAAUCAUGUAUUCCGUAUUCGGACUGGCGUUGUUUUUGGCACUUGUGUUUUUGGUCAUCUGUCUGCUGCAAAGGCAAAUGAAGCUCAGCAAGGAGCUGCACAAUAUGUCGUGGCGCGUGCGACCCGAAGAUGUGUUGAUAGAAAUGGGCGGCAUGUUCGGCUCGAAGGGUGGACUGCAGCGCCUGGACGUGGAGAACAUUUCGCUGCAACAGUUCGGCAUACAUUCUGGACGAGCCUCGAUUGCCAGCUUCGCCUCGUUGCCGCCGCAGGUGUACACGACAAUUGGGCAGUUCAAGGGCGAGCGGGUGGCCAUCAAGAAGGUGAAUGUGAAAAAGGUGGAGGUGACCUCAACGCUGCUGUGGGAGAUCAAGCAGGCGCGCGACGUGAGCCAUGAGAAUACGGUACGUUUUGUGGGCGCCUGCAUCGAUUUGCCGCGACCGACUGUGCUCAUCCUGACCGAAUACUGCUCGCGCGGCAGUCUCAAGGAUGUGCUGGAGAACGAGGCCAUCGAGCUGGACUGGAACUUCCGCAUGUCCCUCAUCCACGACAUUGUCAAGGGCAUGAGCUAUUUGCAUAACUGCGAUGUUGUCGCGCACGGCAAGCUGCGCUCCUGCAAUUGCCUGAUCGAUGGACGCUUCGUUCUGAAGAUCUCCGACUUUGGCCUGAGCACGCUGACCACGCCCUCCGACUUUGUGCGCGACCAGAACUACUAUACCAAGCUGCUGUGGAUUGCGCCGGAGCUGUUGCCGAUGACAUCGAUACCCGGCUGCCCGGCAACGCAGCGCGGCGACGUUUAUUCCUUUGGCAUUAUUCUCGAGGAGAUUGUCAAUCGUGGUGGCCCCUACCAGGAGGCACGGCAACAGGGCAUGGACGUGCACACGAUUUUGCACAAGGUGCGCCAGUGCGAAUAUCCGCCCUUCCGGCCGCUCAUUCGCGAGCGAGAGUGCCCGCCGGAUCUGUUGGUGCUCAUGGAGAAGUGCUGGGCCGACAAUCAGGAGGAGCGUCCCGCAUUCUCCACGAUCAGGAGCAACAUACGCACAAUAAUGAAAGGAUUUUGCGAGAAUCUAAUGGACGAUCUGCUGAAUCGCAUGGAGCACUAUGCCAACAACUUGGAGAGCCUUGUCGAGGAGAAAACCCGGCAGCUGAGCUUGGAGAAACAACGCACCGAGGAGCUGUUGUAUCAAAUCCUGCCACGCCCCGUCGCCCAGCAACUGAUGGCCGGCGAUCUCGUGGAGCCCGAGGAGUUCAGCAGCGUGACCAUCUACUUCAGCGACAUUGUGGGCUUCACCGAGCUCUGCGCCCGCAGCACACCCAUGGACGUGGUGAACUUCCUCAAUGAUCUGUACAGCACAUUCGAUCGCAUCAUUGGCUUCUACGAUGUGUACAAGGUGGAAACAAUUGGCGAUGCAUACCUGGUGGUCUCGGGCCUGCCGGAGCCGAAUGGCGACAAGCAUGCCCGGGAAAUUGCGCUGAUGGCCCUGGACAUACUUCAGGCUGUCUGCUCGUUCAACCUCAGGCACAAGCCCGACUACAAGAUCCAGAUUCGCAUCGGCAUGCACUCGGGCUCCGUUUGUGCCGGCGUCGUGGGCAAGAAGAUGCCCCAUUAUUGUCUCUUUGGCGACACCGUGAACACCGCCUCACGUUUGGAGACCACGGGCAUGCCUGGAAAGAUUCAUGUUUCGUCGGCCACCAAGGCCAUCCUGGACAAGUUUGGCACAUUCGAGCUGGAGCACAGGGGCGAUGUGGAGCUCAAGGGCAAGGGCACCGUUACCACCUACUGGCUAAACAGCACCACCGAGGCUGAGGCGCGUGCUCCCACUCCGCCGCUCCUAAACACCGACGAGGUACCUUUUCCCCUGCUCUUCGCCGGCAUGGGAAAGUGAGCCAGCGCAGAGUAUCCCAUGCCCAACAUCUCAAGUACAAAUCUAGCCGAAAAUUAAUCUAAAAAGAAAGUUAACCAUUUGGUGCGAAAAGUGCUUAGUUGCUUCAAAUAUAAUUGUUGCUCAAUUUUCUAUACACUGCUCGUAAAGUACAAGAGAUUAUGUUA